AUGAGUGGCCCGACACUGUGCACUCUCCGUGGGGCUCUGAGGCAGAGCCAGCGUGGGGCUUCGGUCCUUUCCCUACAGCCAGCAUGUUUGCGGUGCGUGCAGUCGAGCGGUGCGGCCACGAGCUGGGCCCGACAUCUGUCGACGGGGCGGCGGAAGCCGGUGCAGGUGCGUUCUAGCCUGCCGGCACCGACACAGACGCAGCUGCGGAUGCGGACAGAGCAGACGCGAAGCUACGCCACGCCCGUGCCAGAUUCGUUCGCAGUGCCCUCUGUCGACAAGGAAGCGGCGACAGCGGCACCGACGCUUUCGGUGUCGCUCGCAUCGAUCCUGCAGCAGAUGUCAGCGUCGGCAGCGCCAAGCCACCCGUCUGUAUAUGCGACGGUGCACAUCUACGGGCGGCCGUACCUGGUGACGCCGGGCGACCGGCUGCGGCUGCCGUUCCGCAUGGCCGGCGUGCAGCCGGGCGACGUCUUGCAUCUGGACCGCGUGGGUGUUGUGGGCAGUCGCUCGGUCACGGCCGUCGGCGGUGUCACCGGCGCUGGAGGCGGCGGCCCCGAAGGAGAGGGCAUCCAACGCGGCGGUCACGUGCCGGGAGUCUCGGUCACGGCCGUCGUGCUCGGCCUCGAGACAGAGCCGCUGCGCCUGCUGGUCAAGAAGAAGCGGCGCAACCGGCGCAAGAAGACGGUCCGCAGCAAGCAUCAGUACACCGUGCUGCGGAUUCAGGAUGUCCGGCUCGGCGACGAGAGCGCAUGA